GUCACAGUUCGAGGUCGAGGUCGAGGUUGAUUCCAGCUCACCUCAGCCAUCCAGAUCCCGCGCUCGGCUUCGUCGUCAUCCUUAGAAUUUCAUCCCAACAACAAACAACAACCCAACACACCCGACAACAAUUUGGCAGUGCCCUCCCCUUGCACUCGGUGGCCCCAGGACUCUUUGACCACGACUCCUUGCGACCCGCGAUUCAUCUAGCGACAUUAACAAUUGCGGAACCAAGUUCCAUCGCAGCCUAACACAAGCAUCCCUUCGAUUGAUAAGAUAUUGCGCCCGCCCGCCCUUCACAACUACAGCCCGUACACCACCAAACAGCUCAAGUCCGAUCAUAUACAACCAUCAUGUCCACUAUUCCAAAGCCGGGUCCGGCUAACCUUCGUCCCGGAGCCGGUCUAGAUGAGUGGCUGGAGGAGGCGAAACAAUGUCAUUACCUUCCUGAGCCUGUCAUGAAGCAGCUCUGCGAAAUUGUCAAGGAAGUUCUUAUGGAAGAAUCGAACAUCCAGCCUGUUGUUACGCCAGUUACCAUCUGCGGUGAUAUCCACGGCCAGUUCUACGAUCUCCUCGAACUCUUCCGCGUUGCUGGUGGCAUGCCAGGCGAGACAAACGUCCAGGCGCCCAAGACAGCAACAACCGUCAUCACAUCCGAGGACAUCGAGCCCCCAACGGAAAUCACAGAUCCCAACCUCAAGAAGAAGAUCAAGAGCAGUACAGACAGCGAGGCUGGGGCUGGAAGCGAGAAGGAAUCCCCAAGUGAAGAGACCCCUCAAUCCAGCGCCAACACGGGCUCUCAAUCGGCCGACACUCGCUUCGUCUUCCUCGGAGACUUUGUGGAUAGAGGGUACUUUAGUUUAGAGACAUUCACCCUUCUCAUGUGUCUCAAGGCAAAAUACCCAGAUCGCAUUGUUCUAGUGCGUGGUAAUCACGAAUCCCGACAAAUCACCCAGGUCUACGGUUUCUACGAGGAGUGCCAGCAAAAGUACGGCAACGCCUCUGUCUGGAAGGCUUGCUGCCAAGUGUUUGACUUUCUUGUUCUUGCCGCCAUUGUCGACGGUACCGUUCUCUGCGUCCACGGCGGUCUCAGUCCCGAGAUCCGCACGAUUGACCAGAUCCGCGUCGUUGCGCGUGCCCAGGAGAUCCCGCAUGAGGGUGCUUUCUGCGAUCUGGUGUGGAGUGACCCAGAAGACGUCGAUACAUGGGCUGUCAGUCCACGUGGCGCUGGUUGGCUGUUCGGAGACAAGGUCGCGACAGAGUUCAACCACGUCAACGGUCUGACAACAAUUGCAAGAGCGCAUCAGCUGGUCAAUGAGGGUUACAAAUUCCACUUCGCCGAAAAGUCGGUCGUAACCGUAUGGUCGGCACCCAACUACUGUUACCGUUGCGGUAACGUCGCAUCCAUCAUGACCGUGGACCGCGACCAAAACACAAAGUUCAGCAUCUUCUCCGCCGUGCCAGACGAUCAACGGCAUAUCCCCGCAGGCCGUAGGGGCCUGGGUGACUACUUCCUAUGAAAGUACAUCGAGAGCGCGAGGUGAGGUGAGAGGGCGGUGUUAUGAUUGUCUUGGUGUCAAGAAAGCAUGUCGUUGCGUUAUGGGGCGGGUCACGUUCUGUCGUCGGGAAUUGGUGGCAACCACACUCCAAGGAUCCUAAUUUCAUGUAUGACAUUCUGCCUGGGAUUUAUACUUGGCGUUUCCGAGGCGUUAUACUACCUAAUUUUGUGUUUCAAGUGCCAGAAUCAGGCUUUGGAAGUGUCAGCAACGACGUCGUUAUCAGUUGACCCGUUAGCGUCGUGGUUCAGGCCACGGAGAUUUCAAGGACUACCGCGAGCGCUUUGAACACGAAGACGCUCUGCUAACAUGCUUUUGUGGAAGCUGGAAGAAUUCCUUCCACCCUUUCUUCUGCAGUAUCUAAACCAAUCAACGCUCC